AUGGCAACCGUACCGUCGACCAACAAGCCCGGAAACAGCCCUUCUCCUUCCUCCAACACCACCAACAAAAGCAAAACCAUGCGCGCCGUUGUCUGGGAAGGCAAACCUUAUGAAAUGGCCGUCCGCGACGUGCCCCGACCCACCAUCCUCCAGCCCGAAGACGCCAUCAUCCGCAUCACUUCAGCCGCCAUCUGCGGCUCCGAGCUGCACACUUACCACGGCGUCUUGGGCAGCUCGACGCCACCCUGGCAGAUGGGCCACGAAGGUGUCGGGAUCGUCGUCGAAGUGGGGAGCGCCACGGAGCAUUUUCGCGUGGGCGACCGGGUAUUGGUCCCUGGAGGCACCGACGCCGGCUUCUUCUCCGUCGAGGAGACGCAGCAGGACCAGGGGGGCUUUUACGGGCAAGGGCCUGAGGUUGGCGGCGGGCUUGGCGGGACGCAGGCCGAGUACCUCCGGGUUCCGUUUGCCGACGACUCACUGGUGGCCAUCCCCGACGACUUCUCAUCGGACCUGGACUGGCUUUUCUUGACGGAUAUUUUCGUCACCGGGUGGACGGGUCUGGACUUUGCGCGGUUUGAGCCGGGCGACACGGUGGCCGUCUUUGGCGCGGGUCCUGUUGGACUAAUGUGCGCGUACGCGGCCGUCUUGCGCGGCGCGUCGAGAGUGUACGCCGUCGACCACGUCCGGGACCGGCUUGACAAGGCGGCCAGUAUCGGAGCAAUUCCGAUUGACUUUACAAACGCCGAAGCCGGCACCGCGAGCGAGCAGAUCUUGCGCCGCGAGCCGAAUGGCGUCAACCGGACAGUUGAUUGCAUUGGCCAGGAGUGCGUGAAUCAUCGGCUGAAGCCCCAGCAGAAUUAUGUGAUUCAGGAGGCCAUCAAGGUUACCAAGUUCAAUGGCGGGAUUGGGAUCCUGGGCGUAUAUGCCGUGACCGCCAGGUCUGCGGGUACGCCCCUGGCUGAUACCAUGGACAAGGAGCUGCUGGUAUCCAUACCGGACAUGUGGGUCAAGAAUCUUAGCAUAGGGUCCGGGUCGGUUGGCGUAGCGCUUUACGAAGUUCUUCCCAAGGUGUUUGAGCUAGUCAAGAGUGGGAGGGCUAGGCUGGACUGGGUGGUGACGUCUCAAGUUGGGAUUGAAGAUGCGCCCAAGGCGUAUGAACGGUUUGACAAGAAACAGGAGAUCAAGGUGGUGAUCCGAUUCCCUUGGGCCAAAGAGCGCUUGGUUGCCGAGUCGGAGGAGAUUGCCGCUGAUGAAGCAAAUGAUGGUGGUAAGGUGAACGGCCAUACUGGGGAGAAACGGCCGCUCAGGAUCCCUAUCAGGAAAAAGACUAUGAGAGUUCUGCAAUUCUAG